CGACACGACCACGCUCCAGUGUCGACUUAUGACGCGACGAUACGGUCACCGCACGUGUCGUUCGGUGGUACCCCGUGUGAUACGAGAGUGAGUGCGUACCGUGACAGUUCUCCAUGGGGAUGCCCCGACUUUGACAGUUCCGUCGUUCGAAACAUGUUCGCGCGCGCCGUGACGGUGAUCACGGAGACUGUUCGCGAGUUCACCGAUGGGUGACGCUGCGUCGAUGACAUCCGUGAGAGAGGAUCACUGACGGGGAUUUUGAAUACUCGCGGGACUGGGUGACGAUCGUGGCUCCCGUGUGGUUGAAUGACAGGUGAAGAGAGCCGCAACCAUCGCGAUAGCAGCGACGAUAACCGCGGUGUUAACGAACUCGAGGGGUAGUUACCAGUGCCUAGGUGACCGUGCUUGACUGGGAUACACUCGUGUCCGGAGGUAUCUGUGCGCGUUAUCAGUGUAGUGUUGUAAUAUACCGUGGAUACCCGAGGAUAGUAGGAACAGGAUCGAUUCUAAGUAAGGACGUUUCGCGGAUGUCGGAGCGAUAGACACGCCGUGAAGUCGACUCGUGGUCGGUGAGGAACUUCCGGCAACGAGGAUUCGUUAGUGAUAAAGGAACCCAGCAGUCGACCACGUUGGAUCUCGCGGCGUUGGCUGCUUACGGGGGCGUUUCGGGACCCAGGGUCGCGGUGGCGGGCACCGGGGUCCUCGCGCUACCCGGCCUGAUAUCCGACAAGGGUUUAUCAUCGCCCGGAGGUCAGUCGAAAACCAAGUCCGCAGGGCUGGCGGGCCUCGACAGCGAGGCGGUGCGCCGGUGGGUCGCCGAGGCAACGCGUACCGUCCGGCAGAUUCCGCCUCCGGUUGUCGUGCCAUCGAGCUCGCAUCAUCAUCACCAACAGCAGUCACAACAACAACAACAACAACAUCAGCAACAUAGACAGCAGCAUCAUCAUUCCAGUCAACGACAACGCCAGGAGCCCAGCCCACCCUCGGUGGGGGCCUCCCCUUUCGUUUUGCCGUCGCCGAUGACGCAGACCCCCAGCAUGCAUCUGCUGGAGAACAACAACCUGGUGGAGGUUGCGAUGGCCCAGCAGCAGCAUCAGUCUCAACAGCAGAUGCAGCAGCACAAACAGAAACAGACCAGCCCGACGAACAAUAAUACGAUCGAGGCAUGGAGAUCCAUCCAGGGUGGACACCAAUGGUGGAGUCCGCCCAGCAGUGUCCAUCAGGAGCAACAGCAAGUGUCGCCCAUCGGCCAGCAAAGUCUGGUAGCCGGUUCCGUGUGUGGACAGGUGCAAAGACAGUCGUCGCAGAUCCAAUCGGAGAUCGAUCAACCGCUGGACUUUUCGGUCGGUUCUCUUCAGCAGCAGAGGCUGCACUCGCGCGUAAGGACUAUCCACGAGAGGCUCCAGAGCAGGAUGCACGACAACAACAACGGCACGGGUGUGCAGAAGAUCGCACGGGGCGCCGGUAGCAGGAGAAGCUACAGCCCCAGCGAGGGUAGCAGCAGCAGCAGCGAGGACGAAGGAGUCUCCACCGGUGGCAGCCCUUCGGGACCUCUUCGCGGCACCGAGAACGACUCGUGCGAGCCCGUUGCGGACCGACCUUACGGUAAAGUUUGGAUAGGCGAUAACGAGGUCGCGUGGCGGACCGAAUCCUUCAAGAGGACCUCACCUCUGAAUCCCUGCGCCACCACGACUACCACGACGACGACAGGUGGCGGAACACCGGCACACCCCCACCUGUCACCACCCACAGCCGCCCCCGUGACCACGCCUGAUCAUAGAAGCCCUAGCAACCUCCACGUUAAACUUGGAAUUUCGCCUGUAAAAAGAAUGGUCCUGAAAGAGGAACACUCGUGA